CAGGGCGGGGCUGAGCUGUCGCAGGGAGCGCACGCCGGCGGAAUGGCAGCGGCCCGCUACCUGCGGCUGUGGCGCUGCUGGCGGCCGGGGCUGCCCGGGGGCCUCGCCCCGCUCGGCCCUGCUCAUCGGCGGGUGUACGCGGCUUGCUCCUCCGCCUCCCCGUGGGCGCUGUGGGCUCAGCGGGCUCCGGCCCCAUCUCCCCUCGCCGGGCUCAGCGGCGGCCCCCGGCGGCACCUGCGUGGCCCGGGCAGCCUCGGCGGUGGGGACGGGCUCGAGAGCGGCGGAGCCGAGGAUGGGGGGGGCGGCGGAGCCGAUCCCGCGGGGGCCCCCCCGGCCAUGACGGCGCUGACCCCGCUGCUCAUCCCUGAGCGCUUCCCCAACGUGCCGCUCAUCGCCGUGACGCGCAACCCCGUCUUCCCGCGCUUCAUCAAGAUCCUCGAGGUGAAAAAUAAGAAGCUAGUGGAGCUGCUGAGGAGAAAAGUUCGCCUUGCCCAGCCUUAUGCUGGUGUCUUUUUGAAGAAAGAUGACAACAGUGAAUCUGAUGUGGUGGAAAACCUGAAUGAAAUCUACCAGACAGGAACUUUUGUCCAGAUCCAUGAAAUGCAGGACCUUGGAGACAAGCUGCGCAUGAUUGUCAUGGGGCACCGAAGAAUUCGUAUAAACAAGCAACUAGAGUUUGAGCCUGAGGAAUCUGAGUCUGAGAACAAACAGAAAGCAAGAAGGAAGCUGAAGCGCUCCAAGAGAGAGGCUGAAGAAGAGGAAGGACCAAAGGACCAAACUGUGGAGCUGGUGCUAGAACCUAUGGCUGCCUCGCCAGAAGAAGUGCUCAUGGUAGAAGUGGACAAUGUUGUCCAUGAAGAUUUUCAGAUCACAGAAGAAGUUAAAGCGCUUACUGCAGAAAUUGUCAAAACAAUCCGGGACAUCAUUGCCUUGAACCCUCUCUACAGAGAGUCUGUGCUUCAGAUGAUGCAGGCAGGGCAACGAGUGGUAGAUAAUCCAAUCUAUCUGAGUGACAUGGGUGCAGCGUUAACGGGGGCAGAGUCGCACGAGCUGCAGGAUAUCCUGGAAGAAACCAAUGUUGAGGAGAAGAUCAAGCAGACUCAUCGCAAGUAUCUUCUCCAAGAGCAGCUGAAGAUUAUCAAGAAAGAGCUAGGCCUAGAGAAGGAGGACAAAGAUGCCAUAGAGGAGAAAUUCCGAGAGCGGCUCAAGGAUCUGGUAGUGCCAAAACAUGUCAUGGAAGUGAUUGAUGAAGAGCUGAACAAACUUGGUUUGCUGGACAAUCACUCCUCAGAAUUCAAUGUUACCCGGAACUACUUGGAUUGGCUGACAUCCAUCCCAUGGGGUAAAUGCAGCGAGGAGAACCUGGAGCUGAGCAGAGCUCAGGCAGUUCUGGAGGAGGAUCACUAUGGAAUGGAUGACGUCAAGAAGCGAAUUCUGGAAUUCAUAGCGGUCAGCCAACUGCGAGGAUCAACCCAAGGGAAGAUUCUUUGUUUUUAUGGCCCUCCAGGGGUUGGCAAGACCAGCAUUGCCCGCUCUAUCGCUAGAGCCUUAAACCGAGAGUAUUUCCGCUUCAGUGUCGGAGGAAUGACUGAUGUGGCAGAAAUCAAAGGGCACAGGAGGACGUAUGUUGGAGCAAUGCCAGGGAAAAUAAUCCAGUGCCUAAAAAAGACCAAGACAGAAAACCCUCUGAUCCUGAUCGAUGAGGUGGAUAAAAUUGGGCGAGGCUAUCAAGGUGACCCAUCCUCAGCCCUUCUAGAGCUGCUGGACCCAGAACAGAACUCUAACUUCUUGGAUCAUUACCUUGAUGUUCCUGUAGAUUUAUCAAAGGUGCUCUUUAUUUGUACUGCCAAUGUGACAGACACCAUCCCAGAGCCGCUGCGGGACAGAAUGGAAAUGAUCAAUGUGUCAGGAUAUGUCGCACAAGAGAAACUUGCAAUUGCAGAGAGGUACUUGGUCCCUCAAGCACGUGUCCUGAGUGGUUUGGAUGAAACCAAGACCAAGAUUUCAUCAGAUGUGCUGACUGUUCUCAUCAAGCAGUACUGCAGGGAGAGUGGAGUGAGGAACCUGCAGAAGCAGGUGGAGAAGGUAUUAAGGAAAUCUGCCUAUAAGAUUGUCAGUGGAGAAGCAGAGGCAGUUGAGGUAACUGCUGAAAACUUGCAGGACUUUGUUGGCAAACCCAUCUUCACUGUGGAUCGGAUGUAUGACAUCACUCCUCCUGGCGUGGUGAUGGGCCUGGCCUGGACAGCUAUGGGAGGUUCCACUCUAUUUAUUGAAACGUCCCUGCGGCGACCCAAAGACAAGGAAAACAAGGACGGGUCCCUUGAAAUAACAGGCCAACUGGGAGAUGUGAUGAAAGAGAGCGCCAAAAUAGCAUAUACAUUUGCGCGAGCUUUCCUGAUGCAGAAGGAACCCACCAUUGACUUUCUGGUGACCUCCCACAUCCACUUGCAUGUGCCAGAGGGAGCAACUCCAAAGGACGGACCAAGCGCAGGAUGUACCAUAGUAACGGCCUUACUGUCAUUGGCCAUGAAUCGUCCAGUAAAGCAAAACAUGGCCAUGACUGGAGAGGUGUCGUUAACUGGAAAGAUUCUUCCUGUUGGUGGAAUCAAGGAGAAGACUAUUGCAGCCAAGCGAGCUGGUGUUACCUGUAUCAUUCUCCCAUCAGAGAACAAGAAGGAUUACUAUGACCUUGCUGACUUCAUUACAGAGGGACUAGAAGUGCAUUUUGUUGAGCACUACAACAAAAUAUUUGACAUAGUGUUUCCAGAACUUGAUACCUCUGGAGGAUGACUGACAUGAACCGUUUGUACUGAGAAGGGGUCUCUCCCUGUCUGCUCUACACUACCCCAAAAGCAAGAUGGCCUGGGGCAGUUAACACCUGGAGCAUAAAUAUUGCUGCUGCGCAGCCACUGAAAUUGUUUAUGGCUUAAUUUACUACUGCCUUGGUUAGUGAGACAUUUCCCACUUAUGUUUACAAAGUGAUUUUGAAUUAUGACCUGAUUAAAAUAUUUCUAAUAA